AGUCAUUGUAGCUGCCGUCAAAGGCAACUCUCGCAUUUAAGUUCAUUUUAUUGGAUUUAAUGUUGAAACAAUUAGUAGUUCAAAGAUUGAGAAAUAAUAUUUCAAUAGUAAUUCAUAUUCUGUUCAUUAGAUUUAUGUUUAAAUGUGUAUUUGUCAGAAUACACAUGUCAGAAAUGUUACAUCCGAACCGAAUAAUCAGUUUGCACAUUUGCAACUUAAUGCAAAUGCAGAGCCGUUUGAUAUGCCACAAGCCAACUCAAGGGCACAAACAAGAGAAAGCAAACAUGAAGAUAGUACCAUAACAUUGGCCCAAGCUCUAGCUGAGUCCAUUCACAUAAGUCGCCUGCCAGUACCAGAGCCUACAGUCUUCAACGGAGAUCCUCUCAAGUACAAGGAUUGGAAAUUGUCGUUUCAAAUGCUGAUAGACAGAAAGAACAUCCCAGUGAAUGAAAAGAUUUACUAUCUUCGCAAGUAUGUUGGAGGACCGGCGCAAAAGGCUGUUGAGAGUUAUUUUCUGUUGGGAACAGAGCGUGCUUAUUGCUCAGCAUGGAAUAUUUUGGAGGAAAGAUACGGAAGUUCAUUUGUAAUCACCAAAGCUUUCAGAGAUAAGUUGACAUCAUGGCCAAGGAUUGGUAACAAGGAUAGCAUUGAACUUCGAGAAUUUUCAGAUUUUCUCAGAGGAUGUGAAGCGGCCAUGCUUCAGGUUAAAGGUCUUGAAGUUUUGAACGACUGCCAUGAGAACCAGAGGAUGCUAAGCAAGCUACCUGAUUGGUUGUCAGCAAGAUGGAAUCGAAAGGUCAUAGAAAUUGAAGAGCAAGAUGGUUCUUUUCCAACAUUUAGCCACUUUGUUGACUUCAUUGCGAGAGAGGCCAAGAUUGCGUGCAAUCCAGUAACAUCGCUUCAUGCACUCAAAGCAGGUGACUCAGAGAAAAUGAAAUCAUCCAAGACAAGAAGUGUUGGAGUAAAGGUGCUAGUGAGUGCUGCAGAAGAGACGUCCAACACAAAAAAAUGUGUGUUUUGUGAAAACUCAAAUCAUAGCAUUCACACAUGUAGGAAGUUUAUGGACAAGGUCUUGAGUGAAAGAGUCAAAUUUGUGCAAACCAGGGGACUGUGCUUUGGAUGUCUAGGCUUUGGACACCAAUCCAAGAAAUGUGAAAAGAGAAAGAUGUGUGACACAUGUAAAGGGAAACACCCGACAUGUUUGCAUGAAGAACGAGACAAAUCCUCAAGGAAAAGGAAAGAGGAAGAAAGUGACAAGGAACCACAAAUGAAAGAGAGUAGAGAAACCAAACCCAAGGAAGCACCAAGUGAAGCAAUAUCAAACCGUGUGAUUCAAAGUGACAGAAGUAAUCUCACAUCUACAAUCAUUCCAGUUUGGUUAUCCACAAUAAGCAAUCCUGAACAUGAGAUUCUUCUCUAUGCUCUUCUUGACAGCCAAAGUGACACGACAUUCGUCUUGGAAGAAAAGGCAGAUGCUCUAGAUGCAGAGAAGACAUGUGUGCAGUUAAAGCUCUCGACAAUGUCUUCUAAAGAUACUUUAGUACCAAGUCAAAGGUUGUUUGGAUUACAGGUCAGAGGUUUCUAUUCUUCAAGAAGAAUUCCUCUUCCUGUGACAUACACAAGAGAGUUUAUUCCUGCGAAUUUGAGUCAUAUUCCCACACAAAGGACAGCAAGAGCGUGGCCACACUUAGAGCACCUGGCUGAAGAAAUCGCUCCACUGAUUGAAUGUGAAGUAGGCCUGCUCAUUGGUUACAAUUGCUCACAAGUGUUGGUACCCAGAGAAGUUGUGGCAGGAGAAGAUAAUGAACCUUUUGCCCAAAGAACAGACCUUGGCUGGACAAUAGUUGGAGGAACUAAUCCAUGUGUUGACUAUGGGGAUGCCAUAGGAUGUAGCCACAAAAUCAUUGUCAAGGAAGUGACACCUAAUCAGUCAGCUAAGCAGUUGGUCAAAGAAGUGCAAUACAUUUGUCACACACAAGUCAAAGAGGUGGUCACAUCCGCAGAUGUAAUUAAGGUGCUCGAGUCUGACUUCAAUGAAAGAAAGGUGGAAGACUCGCACUUCUCUCAAGAAGAUUUAAGGUUCAUCUCCAUAUUGGAAGAAGGAGUGAAGAUGAAAGCAGAUGGACACUGUGAGUUACCUUUGCCUUUUAAGCAAGACAGACCAAGUCUGGCAAACAACUGGAGUUGUGCCGAACACAGACUCAAAUAUUUGAAAAGAAGAUUUGAGAAGGACAAGCAAUACCACAAAGACUACACAGAGUUCAUGAGAGAGACUAUAGAGCGUGGUGAUGCUGAAAGAGUUCCCUUUGUAGACCUGGACAAAAGCCCUGCCUGGUACAUUCCACACCAUGGAGUGUAUCAUCCACAAAAGCCUGGCAAGAUAAGGGUGGUGUUUGAUUGUUCAGCAAAGUACGAGGGAGCUUCCUUGAACGACUACUUGCUUACAGGGCCAGAGUUAACCAACUCUCUGGUGGGGGUCCUGUGUCGAUUUCGGAAAGGUCCAGUUGCAGUGAUGUGCGACAUUGAGCGCAUGUUCCAUCAAUUCAGAGUCAGAGAAGAAGAUCAAGAUUACUUUCGCUUCUUGUGGUGGGACAAUGGAGACUUCAACUCUACUCCAUCUGUUUAUCGCAUGUGCGUACACCUGUUUGGAGCUGCUUCUUCCCCUGCCUGUGCGAACUUUGGUCUCAAGUAUAUUGCUGCACAAGGUCAAGGCAAGUUCAGUGAAGCUACCAUAAGGUUCAUUGAGCGAAAUUUUUAUGUGGACGAUGGUUUUAUCAGUUUCCACUCAGAAGAUGAGGCAAUUCGUUUGGUGAAGGAAGCAAAGGAACUUUGCAGCACAGGAGGCUUGCGACUUCACAAGUUCGUUUCAAACAGUAAGCAAGUACUUCAUUCGCUGCCGGAAGAAGAUUGUGCAGAUACAGUAAGAAAAGACUUGUCACUGGGCGAGCAACAAAUUGAAAGAGCCCUAGGUGUCAAAUGGUGCAUUGACUCGGAUCAUUUCCAGUUUCGAGUAGUUGUGAACGAGCAGCCACUUUCCAGAAGAGGAGUGUUGUCCACAGUAGCCUCUAUUUACGAUCCACUUUGCUUUGUGGCACCUUUUGUUCUACUUGGGAAGCAGAUACUACAGCAGAUGUGUUGUGAGAAAGCAGAUUAGGACGAACCACUCGCAAGCGAUCUGAAGUCACGGUGGGAGUGCUGGUUGUUGGAUCUAAAAAAUCUAGCAGAUGUCAAGAUUGACAGAUGUUACCUGCCCAGAGAUUUUCAAACAGUUCAGAAGUACGAGCUUCACCAUUUCUCAGACGCAAGUGUUUCAGGGUAUGGUGUUUGUACGUACCUGAGAGCUGUCAGUGAAGCAGGACAAGUCCACUGCUCUCUUGUCUUUGCCAAGUACAGAGUAACAGUGAUCGUACAAGAUGACCAAGCAUCGAGAAACGACUGGAAGUUGGCCAAAGUUGUUGCCAUACACCCGAGUGAAGAUGGAUGUAUACGCAAAGUACAACUGUUAAUGAGUGACUCAUUGUUAGAUGAUCAUGGAAAGAGACUGAGUAAACCAGUUCUACUUGACAGACCUAUACACAAGACUGUGACAUUGUUAGAAGCAGAUUAGUGUACAUUUCAUAAGUUCAUGGGUAAAAAUCACAAGUGAUUGGUGGGAGUGUAGCUGCCGUCAAAGGCAACUCUCGCAUUUAAGUUCAUUUUAUUGGAUUUAAUGUUGAAACAAUUAGUAGUUCAAAGAUUGAGAAAUAAUAUUUCAAUAGUAAUUCAUAUUCUGUUCAUUAGAUUUAUGUUUAAAUGUGUAUUUGUGUUAACUGUGCAAUUAGAUGGGAACCUUUUCUAUAGUUCCAUCCGUUGUUGCUAAGGGGGCAUUUUUCUUGGCGCACUCAGCAAGCAAUUAAGAGACGAGCCACGAGGUUGUACGUCUGCAGUAAGUUAAAUAAAAGAGUGCCUUUUUUGGACUACCUCACGGCGUAAGGAUUAAAGUUUAUUCCCUUUGAGUGAGGCCAAUGAGUUCUGACGGCAUUGUAUCGGCUGUGGUUGGACAUCAUUACAUGUUAAGACAUGUCGAAGAAUCCUCCUGUCCGAAAUAAAUGUCAGUAAAAACCAAAGAACAAGUUGAGCUUUAUUAAGACUCGAGGGGAGUGACAGUCAUGGAGAUAAAGAAAGCACAUAAAAUGAAAAGGUGUAGCGAUACAUAUAGAUUCAUAUCUAUAGUUCAAAUGUGGCGUAGAUUUAGCUUGUUUAUGAUCUUAUAUUAAUUAAUUGGGGCAUCACCCAGUUUUGUCUGUGUGAACUGGGAUACUGGACUUAAUAUUUAUAACUUCUCAAAGUUAACACCACAUUUUAAUCUGAAGCGGAGUUCUUGUCAGAAUGUGCCGGCUAUUCUCGAGAUCCCUAGGCAAUAAUCAGACAU